CAGACAGAGUCCCGGUAAUUCAACAGCUGAGGAGGUUCUGGUGGUCACUGAGAAGCUGCUUGAUGAUCUUCAUCUGUUUGGUGCAGCUCUCCGCCCAGACAGACCUCAGUCAGUCCGUCCUGUCUCUCAGUCCACCAGCAGCGGCUCUAACAGCAACACUCGGCCACCGAUCAUCUUGGUUUGCACGGUGCAGCGGGUCCUGGCUGCCUCCUGGAUGAGCAGAGACACGGCGGCAGCAGAGUCUCUGUGACUGGAGCUCACCUGCCGGUCCGGCGGUUCAUUCACACCUGCUCUCCUUCACUGUGGAUUAUGUGGAUUACUACAAUCUCAACACGCUCUUGUCGUGUUAAACCAGUCAUUAGAAGGGCUGACAGGACACCUUUGUGACAGGACAUUACCGGGGGGACUGCACGAGCGCUGCCCGGGGCAGGAGGGCACGCGGAGGGCAUGUUUUCGCGGGCAUGGAUGGUUAGCUAGUUCACCAUCUCACCAAACUACCGACAACAUGGAGAGGGAGGCAGACACCCGCUGAGUUAACGGGGAUAAAUUAUUCAGCUGUACUGGAAGUGGACUUCCUGCUGUGGAGAGGAUGGCCUUUUGGAAAGAGGGCACCACUCUCCUGCUGGUUCUGCUGGUUCUGCUGGACCUACAGCCAGUUGCUGGGCAAUCGUCUCAUCACCGCAGCUUGAGACGUCAAACUCGAGAGCAUCAUGAACACCGGGCGCACAAGAACAUCACGCUGGCUGUCAUUUUACCUCAGAGCAACACAGAUUACCCCUGGGCUUGGCCUCGCGUUGGUCCAGCCCUAGAGCGGGCCAUCAGAACCAUAAACGCUGACCCCACCUUGCUCCCUGACCACCACCUCACUUAUGCUUUCAAGAACAGUGAAGACAAAGACGGCAUCUGCUCCGAGUCUGUUGCCCCACUCAUGGCUGUGGACCUCAAACUUGUGCACAACCCGUGGGCAUUCAUCGGGCCGGGCUGCUCCUACACCGCCUCUCCAGUUGGCCUCUUCACCACCCACUGGAAAGUUCCCAUGGUUACAGCGGGCGCCCCGGCCGUGGCUUUUUACGGAGGAGUGUACCCGUCUAUCACCAACACGGGUCCCACCCACAAGAAGCUUGGGAAGUUUGCCCUGCGGAUCUGUGAACACUUUGGGUGGCGGGAGCACGUGAUGCUCAUGUUCAGUGACAACAAGGUGGAUGAUCGGCCAUGUUACUUUGCCGUUGAGGGUUUGUUCACGGAGCUGAAGAGCAUCAACAUUACCCUCGCAGACAGAGUCUUCGAAGAGAACAAGCCAGUCAACUACUCCCAGAUCCUCACCGACGUUCGCAACGACGGCCGCGUGAUGUUUGUCUGCUGCUCACCCGACAUCUUCAGGAAGUUGAUGGUUCAGUUUCGACGGGAGGAUCUUCCUCACGAGCAGUACGUCUUCUUCUACAUCGACGUGUUCGGAGACAGUCUCAACUCCAAACACAGGCAGCCGUGGGCGCGUGGGGACGAGGACGACGCUCUCGCCAAGGAGGCCUUCCAGAGUGUGAAGAUCCUGACGUACCGAGAGCCUCAGAACCCCGAGUACAGAGAGUUCGUCAGCAACCUGAAGACAGACGCCAGGAAAAUGUUCAACUACACCAUCGAGGACUCGCUGAUGAACAUUAUAGCUGGAGGCUUUUACGACGGCUUGAUGCUCUACACUCAGGCUCUGAACGAGACCUUGUCGAUGUCGACCGAACGGCCUCCAGGAAUAAUCGUCACCAAGAGGAUGUGGAAUCGAACCUUCCACGGUGUAACUGGGACGGUCCACCUGGACGAGAACGGAGACAGGGAGACGGACUUUGCGCUGUGGGACAUGACCGACACCAACACCAGCGCCUUCCAGAUAGUUUUGGUGUACAACAGUUCAGAGGAGCAGCUGACAGAAAUACCUGGAACAACACUUCACUGGCUGGGUGGAGUUUGUCCUCCGGAUGUUCCCGUCUGUGGCUUCAAGAACGACAACCCCGUCUGCCUCGCAAAGACGAUCACCAUCCACCAGAUGGUCUCCAUCGUCCUCUUCUUCAUCUUCACAAUGACGCUCACCAUCACCGUCUUCAUCUACAGGAGGAUGAAGCUGGAGAAGGAGCUGGUGGCUCAGCUGUGGAGGAUCUGCUGGGACGACAUCCAGAUGAGCAACCUGGACAAAGUGCUGCGCAGCGGCAGCAGGAUCACACUGUCGCUGAGAGGCUCUAACUACGGCUCCCUGAUGACCGGAGAUGGAAACCUGCAGGUUUUUGCAAAGACUGGAUACUACAAGGGAAACAUCGUGGCCAUAAAAUACACUGACAGGAAACGCAUCGAGCUGAACAGGGAGGUCCUGUUUGAACUCAAACAUAUGAGAGACGUCCAGAACGAACACCUGACGAGGUUCAUCGGCGCGUGCAUCGACCAUCCAAACAUCUGUAUCAUCACAGAGUACUGUCCCAGAGGGAGUCUACAGGACAUCUUGGAGAACGACAGCAUCACUCUGGACUGGAUGUUCAAAUAUUCUCUCAUCAACGACAUCGUCAAGGGCAUGGUGUUCCUCCACAACAGCGUCAUCCUCUCUCACGGUAAACUCAAGUCCUCCAACUGUGUCGUCGACAACCGCUUCGUCCUGAAGAUCACCGACUACGGUUUGUCCAGCUUUCGAUCUGACGACGACUCAGGAAAAGAUGCUCACGCCUACUACGCCCAGAGGUUGUGGAUGGCUCCGGAGCUGCUCCGGAUGGAGUCUCCUCCUCCUCAGGGAACUCAGAAAGGAGACGUCUACAGCUUCGGCAUCGUCCUCCAGGAGGUGGCGCUGCGCAGAGGAGCCUUUUACCUGGAGGGAGACCCGCUCAGCCCUAAAGAGAUCGUGGACCGGGUGGUUCUGGGUGAGUGGCCCUGCCUCAGACCGACCGUCGACCCCCAGAGCCACAGUCCUGAGCUGGGUCAGCUGAUGCAGCGCUGCUGGGCCGAGGAACCAACUGAACGGCCAGAGUUCAACCACAUCCACCUGCUGCUACGAAAACAGAACAAGGAGUCGAGGACCAACAUCCUGGACAACCUGCUGUCCCGUAUGGAGCAGUACGCCAACAACCUGGAGGAGCUGGUGGAGGAGCGAACACAAGCUUAUCACGAGGAGAAACGCAAGGCUGAAGCUCUGCUCUACCAGAUACUGCCCCACUCGGUGGCGGAGCAGUUGAAGCGAGGCGAGACGGUUCAGGCCGAAGCCUUCGACUCCGUCACCAUCUACUUCAGUGACAUCGUGGGUUUCACGGCCAUCUCAGCAGAGAGCACGCCGAUGGAGGUGGUGACUCUGCUGAACGACCUCUACACCUGUUUUGAUGCCAUCAUCGACAACUUCGACGUUUACAAGGUGGAGACCAUCGGCGACGCCUACAUGGUGGUGUCGGGGCUGCCGGUGAAGAACGGGAAUCUUCACGGCAGAGAGAUCGCCCGUAUGGCCCUCGCCCUGCUGGAUGCCGUCCGGACCUUCAAGAUCCGCCACCGAUCAGAACAGCAGCUGAAACUGAGGAUCGGGAUACACAGCGGUCCGGUGUGUGCAGGAGUUGUGGGUCUGAAGAUGCCACGUUACUGUCUGUUCGGUGACACCGUCAACACGUCGUCACGGAUGGAGUCCAGCGGAGAAGCGCUGAAGAUCCACGUGUCGGCGGCGACUCGCGACGUCCUGCUGGAGUUCAACUGCUUCCAGCUGGAGCUGCGAGGAGAGAUCGACGUCAAGGGCAAAGGGAAGAUGACCACCUAUUGGCUACUGGGCGAGAGCGACAGCCAAUGAUGAAGCACCUCGGACAGGAGACAGUGGAGGACAGAGAGGAGGAGACGGAGGAGAGGAAAGUAGAGAAGGUCUCAGGAUCCUCGUCGGCCUGCAGCAGAUCUGUCAGACAACUCGUCCUCUCCUGGUUGUUUUCUUAUUUCUGCACAAUAGAGACGUGGAAGGUUUCAGACUGCUGCACCGACCACACUGAAGGAAAAACUGCAAAAACUUAAGGAAGCUUUAAGCUGUGGAAGUGACAGAAAGACAGAGAGGUGAAGAGUGACGGCGUUCUGUGACGCUGAUGGAGAAAAACCUGGUCAGAGAGCUGCCAGGACUGACACUGUUCACAGGAAGGAGCUGAAGACAACAGUAUGAAGACACCAUUCAUUAUAUUCUGUGUUCCAGAUGUUGCACCUGGCAGAGAAAAUCUUCUCAGACUCAAAGACUUUACUGUGUGAGAAGAGUCUCUGCUGCUCUUUAACAGAGGAGAGGAAGUUAAAGGAACAAUCCGGUCAUCAUCUCCUCCCUCCAUGCUGAUGGAAAGUCAGACUGCAAGACUUUACCUGACUUUCUGGACGAACUGUUCCUUUAACAUCCAUUUGCCAAAACAACCAGUUAACCUUCAUCCCUUUCUUUUUUUGUCAUAAACCGUAAAAUGAAGUUUAAACAACAUGUCAGAAGGAUUAUAAAUCAGCUUUGUGAGUAUUUUUUGUCAUCUUUGUCUUCGUCACUUCGCUGUAAUGAGCUCUUUGCUGCCCCCUCGAGGCUGGAGGGCUAAAAAACACCCGGUGCUACCUGACAGUGAGGACAGUGGGUGUUUUCUUUUCAGCUGUCAGGAGGGCCGACAAUGAGCUCGUUCCACACUUUAUAAUAAGCUUCAACAGAAGACACAAAGAUGAGAUUUAUGCUUCAAUGAAAAUGUGUUCAAACGGUAGUUCCACAGAAGGAAAGACUGGCUGAACAUGUGGUUACCUUCCCCACCAGCAGGCAGCGACGUCCCUGAGCGGAUGACUCGGACUCGGUUAAAUUUGCAGUAUUAACGACACGCAACACUGAAACUUGUCGUCUGGCUUUGCAAAGUUAUAGACUCCAAAUAUCAGUAUACAAAUGUCUCUUUUGAAUAAAAAGUUACAUGAAGUUUGUUUUUGUCACACUGAACUCCUUUUCUGUACCAUUAAGUUGAUUCAUGUCUGCAGGCGAUCGGACCUGUGAGGUUUGACACCGUCUGUAUCUCCGUUAACCAGGAGGACUGAAACUCAGCAGCUGUUUUCUUGUGGAUUCAUGAACUGAAAUAGCCUCAAAUGUAAACAUGUCUUAAUGUUUUAAAAAAACUGAUAUUUUUGUAAAGUGACAUCACGUGUGUUUCAUGUGGAGGAGCAGUUUCAGAAUAUGCGUCUAGUUUUUGAAAAAUGAGCUUUGACGCUCAUCAUCGUGUCUGAAGAGGUUCUAGUCCUUCACAGGUCGACUCGUUCGUCCUGUGCUGUCCUUCUGCAGCCCUGCGUUAGGCUAAAGGUUAGCUUCAGCUCGAGCCAUGAGCCAUUUGUUGUUACUGGAGAUCGAAGCAGCAGUGUGUGUUUGUUUGUACUGACCUGAAUAAAGUGCUAUUGUUGCAGUCUUCU